UCAGCUCCAUCGCCAGAGCCAUAGAAAGUCCCCCGGCUUUUACUUCUAGCCGAGUGGGAGUGUGACCUCGUCGGCGCUUUCACCGCCUUCUUUCUCAGGCCUCGCCCCCUUUUACGCUGGCAGCUGUGAAACUCCGGAGCCUGGAUUACGGCUACCGAGUCGGCUGAGCGGCUCUGGGCGGCGCAGUGCGCAGGCGCGAGCGGUUGGGUCCAGACGCGCGGGGCUCGGUUGAAGCGGGAGUGAGUUUCCUGGGCGCCGAGACCGGCAGCGGGCGAGCGAGUGAGCGAGUGACCGAGCUUUGCCGCCAUGGCAGCCCUGCGCUACUCGGGCCUGGACGACACGGACAGCGAGGACGAGCUGCCCCCGUGCUGGGAGCAGAGAACCACCAAGGACGGCUGGGUUUACUAUGCCAAUCACACUGAAGAGAAGACUCAGUGGGAACAUCCGAAAACGGGAAAAAGAAAACGAAUAGCAGGAGAUUUGCCGUAUGGAUGGGAACAAGAAACUGAUGAGAACGGGCAGGUGUUUUUUGUCGACCAUAUAAACAAAAGAACUACCUAUUUGGACCCGAGGCUGGCCUUUACUGUGGAUGAAAAUCCUACAAGGCCCACCACCAGACAAAGAUAUGAUGCCAGCACUACCGCCAUGGAAAUACUCCAGGGCCGGGAUUUCACUGGCAAAGUGGUCGUGGUGACCGGAGCUAAUUCAGGAAUAGGGUUUGAAACUGCCAAGUCUUUUGCCCUCCAUGGUGCACACGUGAUCCUGGCCUGCAGGAAUAUGACAAGAGCCAAUGAAGCUGUGUCACGCAUUUUAGGAGAAUGGCGUAAAGCCAAGGUAGAAGCAAUGACCCUGGACCUUGCUCUGCUCCGUAGCGUGCAGCAUUUUGCUCAAGCGUUCAAGGCCAAGAAUGUGUCUCUUCAUGUGCUUGUGUGCAACGCAGCAGCUUUUGCUCUACCCUGGAGCCUCACAAAAGAUGGCCUGGAGACCACCUUCCAGGUGAACCACCUGGGGCACUUCUUCCUCGUCCAGCUCCUCCAGGAUGUCUUGUGCUGCUCAGCCCCUGCCAGGGUCGUUGUGGUCUCCUCGGAGUCCCAUAGAUUUACCGAUAUUAACGAUUCCUCGGGAAAACUAGACUUUAGCCGACUUUCUCCAUCUAAAAGUGACUACUGGGCCAUGCUGGCUUACAACCGGUCCAAACUGUGCAACAUUCUCUUCUCCAAUGAGCUCCAUCGUCGCCUCUCUCCGCGUGGGGUCACGUCGAACGCGGUGCAUCCUGGAAAUAUGAUGUACUCCUCCAUUCAUCGCAACUGGUGGGUGUACACACUGCUGUUUACCUUGGCCAGGCCUUUCACCAAGUCCAUGCAACAAGGAGCUGCCACUACCGUCUACUGUGCCGCUGCUCCAGAACUCGAGGGCCUGGGAGGAAUGUAUUUCAACAACUGUUGCCGCUGCGUGCCCUCAUCAGAAGCUCAGAGUGAGGAGACUGCCCGGGCCCUGUGGGCGCUCAGCGAGAGGUUAAUCCAAGAAGGACUUGGCAGCCAGUCGGGCUAAGUGGAAACUCCAGCAAGGUUUGGCACACACACCCACCCUGUGUGUGUGCGCGUGCAUAGCUGCCAACGAUAGACCCCUUCCAACUUCUUAUCCAGGGGCUUUCCAUGUCCCUCCGACAUAGAUCCGCCAGAGUAAAGGAAAUAAGAGUAGUCACAACACAGUGAAAAAUGCUAAGUACCAAUGGGAAGCAGGGAAUUCUAGGGCUAAAGGGACAGUCUCUCUUUUCUGGGGCUGCAUUAAGCUUGGGUACCUUUGCUUUUCUGGUGGUGAACACUUAAUUGGUACGUGGGUUCCUAGUUCAUUGUAGAAGCACAAGCAAUUCUGUCUCCCUGUUUAGAACAGCCUGGUGCCCCCUGUCCCACCCAGCCACCACCACAGCCACAGUGUACCAUGUCCACACUCCAACCAGGAGCUGGCUUUCUCCUCUUUAGGAAGGAGAAAGCAAGUGUUUAUCCUUCUUUGCUGCAUUGAUCCAGGAGACAAUUGUUUCAUCCGUCCUGACCAAGUCUAGUGGGCUUGGCAAUGACUGGGGAGAGAACUCUCUGACCCUUGUUCCAGCCAAGAUGGAGGUGACACUUAGAAACAGGUGGCGUAGACAGAGCUGGUGGGUUGCAAAAACACUGGUCCGCCAACUCCCUUGCCAAAACUUUACAAAAAAUUCUUUAGCGAGUAUAACAAACAAUUUUUGCAAAUCAUCCCCUUGACUACUUGACAGGCAGGAAAGGAAGCAUUGCGUCCAUAAGAAUAUACAGGAUAUUUUUGGAGUGGGGGAUAAAAAGCCAUUCCUUUCAUUCUUCAUUCACAGUUUCAAGAAACAACCUGGUGGCAGGUGUUCACAGCUUCCCAAUGUUCCUGCUUCAGCAUUCUGCUUAAACUUCCUCUUCUUCCUCCCAUCCUAAGCUUAAUAAAAGAACAUGCUUGAAUAUGA